GGCUUCCUAGCUCUCUUUCUCCUCCUGUUGUUUGUCUAGUCCCAGUAACUAUACACAGAAUAUCUAAACAGUAUGAUGUUUAAGCUGUCAACGUUGUUGGCCAUCGCCUCAUCGGUCAUUGCUGCUGAAGCCGAUGGCUCCCCAUUCAAACCUCCAAGCGUCGAAGAUGCCGCUGUUUACGCAAGAACCCUGGUCAAGAGAGAGUCCUUGACAAACGUCAACACCAUUUCACACUCUGGUAGCAGUGAAGGUAAGCCAGUGUCCUUUGUCGAGUACUACGCAGACUGCGGUGAUGGUAACCCGGUUUUGCUUGCGAUCGAUAUGUCCACCUCGUACAAGAACUAUGCCAGCGGCUCACCAGCCACAUUGUCCAUCAGAGUCGGUGAUCAUCCGUUGAACGAGCACGUCAACCCAAAGUACCCAGGAUCUCGUCCAAACUCCGUUGCAGGCUCUCCAAGAAUCAAUUUGAGAGGUUCUUUUGUUAACGUCACCACGGAAGAGCUGCCUCAGUUGGAGGCUUGCUUCCUCGAACGCCAUAGGGACGCUCGCUGGUGGUUGCCAGGUAACCCAAUCCACAGUUCGCACUUUGUCAAGUUUGAAUGAUAAACCAGAAUUUGAUAUCACUCAAUACGAUGAAGACGAGAGAUCUCCAAGAUUCCACAGAAGACCACAUGG